GUAUGAUGUUUUGACUAGCACCAGAAGAAGAAGGGUUGCUACUGUAGUUUUCUUGGUGAAUGACACUAGAUCAAAGUUUCCAGUUUCGGUUAGAGUUUCUUUCUCUGCUUGGGAACAACCUACCAUACUUCCGCGUGGAGUCGCAGCUUUUCUGACAUCUGACUCUCUGAAAAAAUGCGGGACCGGACUAAAGAGUUAGGAAAUAAGGCAGAGGCUUCAGAUGAGGACGAGGAGGCAAAAGCUCUUGUGAUCAAACCUGGAACCUCUUCAGCCAAAGAGGAGAAGGAGAACGAUGCAUUCUUUAAAAAGGUUCAAGAAAUUCACGAAGGGCUGAACAGCCUCAAACAGAUGGUGUCUAAGCUGGAGAACAAACAGAAAGCUGUGCUGGGCGAGCCGCUGCCGGACGACAGUAAGAAGAGAGAGCUGCAGACUCUUCGAGAGGAGAUCAAAACGUUGGCGGGUCAGAUUCAGAGAAAACUGAAGAGUAUUGAACCGAAGAAAGGAGAGGAGGAUGGAAAAUAUGUACCCAUAAACUCCCGGAUGCAACGGACCCAGCACGGAGUCCUGUCCAGGGAGUUUGUGGAGGAGAUGGGUCGCUGUAACACCAUCCAGGCGCAGUACAGGGACCGCAACGUGGAGAGGAUACACCGGCAGCUGAAAAUCACUGGGAAGGACGUGACAGAUGAAGAGCUGGACGCGAUGCUCGAGAGUGGGCACACGGAUGUUUUCACUCAAAAUAUCAUGAGCGAUGCUAAAGCCACGAGACAGGCUCUGAAUGAGAUCGAGACCCGGCACGACGAGAUCCUGAAGCUGGAGCAGAGCAUCAGAGAGCUGCACGACAUGUUCCAGUAUCUGGCCAUGGAGGUGGAGGCUCAGGGGGAGAUGGUGAACCGGGUUGAGCACAACAUUAAACAGUCGACGGACUACGUGGUGAGAGCCAAGGAAAACACUGAGAAAGCAGUCACAUAUCAGCAGAAAUCACGCAAGAAAAAGCUCUGGAUAGCGAUCUGUUUGGCUAUCCUCAUCCUCAUCCUAGUCAUCGCAUUGGUCUCUGCCUUCGGCACCUAACACCAGGCAGUUGGCUGUAGACUUGAUUUAGCAGAAGCACAAAAAUCCGGCUAGAUUUAUUCCGUUGUCAACCGGGCUUUUUUUCCACACUUCAUAUUCAUCUUCCAUUUACUUUUCUUUGGUCCAGACAGUUCUUUUUUUUUUUAAGAAGAGAUGUGUUUUUAACUCACUACAAUCUCACCUGCAUUUCCACUUCAACUCAAGAGGCAGUGCUGCUGGUCUAAUGGAAAUCCCCCCCCUUCAGAAUCUGCGACACAAACACCAGGACGAUUUGUGAGCUGUUAUGUCAGUGCCUCUUCCCCUCUUUCAUAAAAAUGAGGAAAUGUGGCCUUGAGCAAAGCAGUGUUGAAACCCCGCACUGUACUCAGGAAACUGUGCGUUGAUUCUUGUUACAACGUUUCUGGAUGAAUUGGGAGUAAAGAAACAGUUUUAAUAGACUAAUAUAAUUGUACAUAACCUAUAAUGCUGGUGAAUGACAUUCUUUGAGAUGAUUUUUUUAAGACUUGAAAGUUAUUUCAAACUGCCUACAUGUAACGAUUGUAAAUACAGAUUUUUCUUUUUUAGGGUCUAAAAACAAACCAGCCCUCUUUGAUUUAGGUGUCUCAGCACUGCAAUAGGAGGCCCACUUUUAUUUGUCCUACCAGUAUGUAUUUAUGAUUUAAAAUGUUGUAAGAUGCUGCAACCACACGAUUAAAACUUUGUAUUUUUUCAAAACUGUGCCUUCACCUUAAUGCAUGAUCAUGUGAGAAUGUGCUACAAUAUUGUCAAGAAGGGAUAGUGAGGUUUUAUGUUUGUUUAAAUGUCAUGGUUUAGUCUGACACAAAGUCACACUUUUGUAUUCACCCGUUUGUCACAUUGUGCAGUCUCUCUUGUCAUUGUAGUGUAUUCUGGGAGGAAAAUCCUGGAACAUUGGUUUUAUUCAACGAGACAAAUGAUGACUAGUGUGCACCACACUAUUUUGUAAAGGUUGUCCAAGUGUUACGGUUGACUUAUUUUAGGUUUGUUUUUAAAAAUAAAAUACUGCCAUGGUAUAUUG